ACCAGCUGCUUGUCUAAAAAGCUUGCAUUUUUGCAAAAGAAGGGAUUUCAGCAGAUAGAAGUUUCUUUUUAAUUUAUAAAAUCAUGGUUUCCACUGCUGCUACAUCGUCAUUUUUUCCAGUCACUUCUUCUCCGGACCCUUCUGAAUCGAAAAACAAGAAGCAUGGAACGGGUUCUACUAGCCUCGAAAGCAUCAAGUUGAAACCAUUGGCUUCUUCUGGAAGCUUGCAGGUCAAGGCAAAUGCUCAAGCCCAUCCAAAUAUAAAUAUAAAUGGUUCCACAGUUGUGACGAGUCCUGUGGAAAGUUUCAAGGAUGGUGUGAGUUCUCCUCCCAGAACGUUCAUCAACCAGUUGCCUGAUUGGAGCAUGCUUCUUUCUGCUAUAACAACCAUUUUCUUGGCUGCCGAGAAGCAGUGGAUGAUGCUUGAUUGGAAGCCAAGGCGGCCUGACAUGGUCAUUGAUCCAUUUGGCAUAGGGAAGAUUGUUCAGGAUGGUCUUAUUUACAACCAGAACUUCUCGAUUAGAUCAUAUGAGAUAGGUGCUGAUAGAACAGCAUCCAUAGAGACAUUAAUGAAUCAUUUGCAGGAAACGGCUAUAAAUCAUUGUAGAAGUGCUGGACUGCUUGGAGAAGGUUUUGGUGCAACCCCUGAGAUGUGCAAGAAGAACCUAAUAUGGGUUGUUACGCGGAUGCAAGUUGUGAUUGAUCGCUAUCCUACUUGGGGUGAUGUUGUUCAAGUAGACACUUGGGCCAGUGCAUCUGGGAAGAAUGGGAUGCGAAGAGAUUGGCUUGUCAGCAAUAGCGAAACUGGUGAAAUUUUAACAGAAGCCACGAGUGUGUGGGUGAUGAUGAAUAAACUGACUAGAAGGUUAUCUAAAAUUCCAGAAGAGGUUCGUAGAGAAAUAGAACCUUUGUUUAUGAAUUCUGAUCCCGUUCUGGCUGAGGACAGCCAGAAACUAGUAAAACUAGAUGACAGAUCGGCUGAAUAUGUGUGCAAAGGUUUAACUCCUAAAUGGAGUGACUUGGAUGUCAACCAGCAUGUGAAUAAUGUGAAGUACAUUGGCUGGAUCCUUGAGAGUGCACCAUUGCCAAUCUUGGAGAGUCGCGAGCUUUGCGCCAUCACUCUCCAGUAUAGGAGGGAGUGUGGGAGGGACAGCGUGCUGCACUCGCUAACUGCUGUCCCUGAUUCCGAUGUGGAGAACACCAGAAAUUCUGGUGAAAUUAACUGCCAGCACUUGCUCCGAGAGGACGGGGCUGAGAUUGUGAGAGGGAGGACCCGAUGGAGGCCUAAGUAUGCCAAAAGUCUCGGUAAUGUGGAUCAAAUUUCUGCAGAAAGAGCAUAGAAAUCCAAGACUCUGAAUCAUGGCCGGAGAGUGAAGAGUGAAUAGGCAGCAGUAAUCUAUGUAUGUUUUUGGGAUUUAUACAUAUAUUAUGGGCUC